AUGCAGGAGAUGGCUUUGCACCACCACCAACAGCAACACCAUCACCAGCACCCUGACGGCGCUCAUUACGAUCCUGCCCGUAACCACCCCAUGAUAAACAGCUCACCUCCGAUACUGCCCAACCCCAUGAGCGCACUGUCUCAGCUAAACCCUCAGGUCAGCCGGAGCGCACUGCCUCAUGGUUCCCCCUCGCCUCCUGGGAGUAAAUCAGCCACACCCUCUCCUUCAAGCUCCAAUCAGGAGGAGGAGACAGAUCCUCAUUCAAAGAUGACGGGUGAGAAACGGCCAUCUUCAGAGAUGAUGAAGCCCAAGCCCAAGCCCCAAAAGAAGAAGAAGAAGAAGGACCCUAAUGAGCCGACCAAGCCUGUGUCAGCCUACGCUUUGUUCUUCAGAGACACCCAGGCAGCCAUCAAAGGACAGAAUCCAAACGCAACCUUUGGAGAUGUUUCCAAGAUAGUCGCCUCCAUGUGGGACGGACUGGGAGAGGAGCAGAAACAGAGCUACAAGAGGAAAACAGAGGCUGCUAAGAAGGAGUACCUGAAAGCCCUGGCCGCCUACAGAGCCAGUCUGGUUUCCAAGACGUAUAACGACCCUGGGGAGAAUAAAACUGCCCAAACGAGCCAGGCCUCUCCACAUAUGAUGCCAACCAACUCGCUGUACAGUGUGCCACCUCCCCCACAGCCGUCAUCGCCAUACCUGGGACCCGGGGCCUUCCCUCUAACCGACCUGCAGAGCUAUGCAGGCCACGCCCCACGCCACACUCUGUCACAGACCCUCAGCCAAUCCCCAAUGCUGCCCAGCAUUAGUGCCUCCCCACCUUCCUCCUUCCAGAUCAGCCCGCCGCUUCACCCCCACCAGCAGCUCUCCCUGCACCAGAGCUCGCUCCUCAACCAGCCCAUCCGAAUGCAGCAGGUCCAGUCCCAGCCAAUCAUCUCUCACCAGAUGGGGCUACAGGCCUCUCUUCACUCCCCACCUCCAGGGCAGCAGGGUUUUUCCCACCUCCAGUCAGAGUACCAGAAGAGCAUUGGGGGUUCCCAGUCACCAGGAGCUCCUGGCUCUGGGCCCGGUCCUGGAGUGGCUCAGACCCAGGAGUGGGAUGGAGAAUACUGCAAUCGGGAGUGCGGCAACCACUGCAGUGGAAGCAUGAUAGGCAGGGACAAGCCCCUCUACCUCACCUGAAACUGAAGAUUAUCCUCUGCUGACAAAUGACGACACCGAGGAGUCUAUUCUCAUCCCGCUCUGUUCUCCUCACCCAGCCCCGACCUCCUUCCUCUCACAUCAUGUGUACACUUUACAUACAGCCACACACAAACACAUUCAGAUUCCUGAAACUGUUAUCAUCAACCUGUUUAUUUUUCAUUGUUAAUGUAAUUAUUAUUUCUUGCAGUUUCUAGAGUUUGUGACCAGUUUUUUGACUAGAUGACUACUGUCUGUACCACUUAUUGUAUUAACAGUCUUCUUGCUGUUUAAAUUUGCCAAGCACUUAUAAAAUCCCUCCCCCCUUUUCCUUCUCUUCCUCCUCCUCUUCUUCUUCCUCAUCCUCCUCCUUCUCGUCCUCCUCCUCCAUGCCUCCUCAGUUAUAUGUCUGAGCCCUCUCUGAUCUGGGCUGUGGAGUGCUCCUCUUGUGUGUCACCAUCAAAAAGACCCCUUAGGGAUCCCAUUCAGCUUUAAGUAGAAAAAAAUAAGUGUUCCUCCUUUUUUCCACCCUAUUUUUGUAGUUUUCUUUGCUUUUGUUGGUGUUUCUGUCUUAUUUAUUUCUUGCUGGCUAUUUUGUUUCUCUCUCUCUUUUUUUGCAUUUUUCCUAGUAAGCCCUGUAUCAUAGAGAAAUAUUAACUCCUAGUAUGUUGAGCAUAGGCCUUGAUGUUAUGGUAGCUGUGCUUACGGGCCAGAAGAUUAAAGGCUUGGUGGGGAAUGAGACAGAAAAACAAAGCAAAUCUUUUUAUUAUUAAUAAAGACCUGUAGAGGUCUACUGAGCUGUCACAGUGUGAUUGUAACUAUCACUUUUGUGGAAUCAAAUUGGGAAUUAAAAGUCCAAAUAGAUUUGUUCCUCUAAAAGUACAUGUAUGUUAAUGUAUGUGUGUGAGUACGUCAGGACGUUAGAAUGUACCCCAUUCAUGGCGUGGUAUGAGUGUGUGCGACCAGAGGACUAGUAAGUGUGACUCUCCUCUGUGUUUGAGUCUUUCCUGUGAAUUUAACAAUCCCGUGCAGCUGGAUUUCGGAGGAGUAUUUCACACUUUCACUCUCGCAUUAAAUCUGUGCUCACUCGUG